AUGGCCAAAAUUUACAAUACCCCUCAAAAUGGAUUAUCGCCAUUUCACACCAUCUUAAUUUUUACCAUUAUUGGUACAGAAUGCAUCAUUGGCAUCAUUGCAAAUGGAUUUAUUGUGGCUAUACAUGUAGUUGAGAGGAUUCAAAAUAAAGCAUUUUCCACCAGAGGCCGGAUCUUAUUUUUCUUGAGUGCAUCGAGAAUAGCACUUCAAAGUUUCAUGAUGCUAGAAAUUACCUUCAGUUCAACAACCCCACAAUUUUACAAUAAAGAAAUCGUAUAUAAUGCAUUCAAAGUAAGUUUCAUGUUCUUAAAUUAUUGCAGCCUAUGGUUUGCUGUCUGGCUUAGUUUCUUCUACUUUGUGAAGAUUGCUGAUUUCACCCACCCUCUUUUCCUCAAGUUAAAGUGGAAGAUUUCUCUGUUGAUGCCUUGGCUUCUAUGGCUAUCAAUGGUUAUUUCCUUGGGAUUCAGUGCACUCUUCUUCAAUGAUGUCUACAAUGUAUAUUGCAACGAUUGCUUUUCAACCCACUGGUUUAACUCCACUAAGAAAAGUUACCUCACUGAGACCAAUGUGGACAUCUUGGUUCUUCUCUAUAGCUUGGGGAUUUUUAUUCCUCUAACCAUGUUCAUCCUUGCAGCCAUCCUGAUGAUCAUCUCUCUCAAAAGGCACACCCUACACAUGGAAAGCAAAGCCACUGGCUCUAGGGAUCCCAGCAUGGAGGCUCACAUGGGGGCCAUCAAAGCUACCAGCUACUUUCUCAUUCUCUACAUUUUCAAUACCUUUGCUCUAUUUCUCCAUUUGUCCAACACCUUUGAAAGCAACAGCUCCUGGAAUAUUUUGUGCAAAAUCAUCAUGGCAGCCUACCCUGCUGGUCACUCAGUGCUACUGAUUGUGAGUAACCCUGGACUGAGAAGAGCCUGGAAGAAGUUUCAGCACCAAGUUCAUAUGUUCCUGAAAAAAUAG